UGCCGUGCGGUGCCUCUGCGUCGCGGAUGGGGGCGGAGAGGAGCAGCAGGAGGAGGAGGAUGGUGGCUCGGUCGGCUGCUGCUCUCCUAGCUAGCACACCGUCAGCUGUUUUUACCUCGGCACUCGGUUUUAUUUGGGCGGAGCUGAGAUGUAGCCAUCUGCACGACGGCAGCCGCUUCUCUUCUGUUAUUAUGAGGCGUUAAUUACGGCUGUCAGCGCCGGACAAAAGGAGACCUUCCUCUGUUUUCGACGCGUACUGUUGGAGACAUCGAGUACAAUGGCAGAGCAAGACGCGUGUCCUCACCUGGACUCAAUAGGGGAGGUUACCAAAGAGGACCUUCUCCAGAAAUCCAAGGGAACAUGCCAAUCAUGUGGAGCCGGGGGACCCAACUUAUGGGCCUGCCUACAGAGUGACUGCUCAUAUGUUGGUUGUGGCGAGUCCUACGCUGAUCACAGCACUCUGCAUGCACAGGUUAAAAAGCACAACCUGACAGUAAACUUGACCACCUUCAGGAUCUGGUGUUAUGUGUGUGAGCGGGAGGUGUUUUUGGAUCAGAGGCCGGCCCUGGUCCCUGUUCCGGCUGUACCCCACCACUGCAAAGCUACAGAGCAGGAUGCAGCUGCUCAGCCAGUAGGUCACCCUCUAAAAGCAGUUCCGAUUGCAGUGGCGGAGGAAGACGGCUCAGAAUCAGAGGAAGAUGAGCUUAAACCAAGAGGCUUGACAGGAAUGAAGAAUAUUGGAAACUCCUGCUACAUGAAUGCUGCUCUGCAGGCCCUGUCCAACUGCCCUCCGCUCACCCAGUUUUUCCUGGACUGCAGCGGAUUGGUCCGGACCGAUAAGAAGCCAGCUCUGUGUAAGAGCUACCAGAAACUCAUCUCAGAGCUCUGGCACAAGAAACGGCCCAGUUAUGUUGUCCCUACCAGCCUGUCCCACGGCAUCAAACUGGUAAACCCCAUGUUUCGAGGUUAUGCUCAGCAGGUGAGCACCCUGCAAGACACCCAGGAGUUCUUGCGCUGUCUGAUGGACCAGUUGCACGAGGAGCUGAAGGAGCCCCUGACAGAGUGCAGCAUGAGCGGGGAGGGAAGUGACGGGGACGAGAGGCGGGACGGAGACCGCUCCCCUUCCGAGGAUGAAUUCCUGUCCUGCGACUCCGGCUCCAGCAGUGACCGAGGAGAGGGGGGAGGCCUGGGGGAGGGUGAGCUCCUCUUGCAGGACGAGUGCGACGGGUUUAGGUCCCCAGCCGUGGGGGUGGUGGGCGUCGGUUCAGGGAUGGUGAUCUCCGAGAAGGAGAGGUUGAAGGAAAAGAGGGUGUCUGGCUCCCCCCUGCGUGGAGGCUCACAAGAGAUGGACGAGGACGCAGAUGUGGACACGGCAGCCGAGGAGGGGGCUCCUGAGAGGGGGGAGGUAGAGUUGUCAGCACCAAGUGCAAACACUGAGGUUCAAGGUCAAGAUGUCAAACAGACAUCUACUGCAGGGCAGGGGCAGGUCCAGAGCAGCAACACCGCAGUGCCAGAUAAUGAAGCAUCAAUGGCCCAGCCACAGUCUCCUCCCUGCAGUCCCGUCCGAACCCUGCAGGAGCUGCAUCCCAAGCUGUCCUCCAGUCCGCCACGCUCCAGCCCGCUCCGCUCUGCAGGACCUGCCUACUCGUUCAAGAAAGCUGCUACCAUCAUUCUUCCUGCAGCUCAGCUGCUGCUCACCUCCCGGAAGAAGAAGCAGUCUCACUAUCGCAGCGUUAUCUCUGACAUCUUCGACGGCUCCAUCCUCAGCCUGGUCCAGUGUUUGACCUGUGACAGGGUCUCCACUACAGUAGAAACCUUCCAGGACCUCUCUCUGCCUAUCCCUGGUAAAGAGGACCUGGCAAAGCUCCACUCGUCCAUCCAUCAGAACCUGCCAGUAAAGACUGGCGUGUGCCCCGACACUUAUGGCUCUCAGGGCUGGAUCUCCUACAUCAUGGACUCCAUACGCCGGUUUGUGGUGUCCUGUAUUCCCAGUUGGUUUUGGGGUCCCAUGGUAACACUUGAGGAUUGCCUCGCUGCAUUUUUUGCCGCUGAUGAGCUCAAAGGAGACAACAUGUACAGCUGUGAGAGAUGUAAAAAAUUGCGCAAUGGUGUUAAAUACUGCAAAGUGCUGAAACUUCCUGAGAUUCUGUGCAUUCACCUGAAACGUUUCCGUCACGAAGUCAUGUAUUCGUUCAAGAUCAGCAGCCACGUGUCGUUCCCCUUGGAGGGCCUCGACAUGCAACCCUUCCUGGCCAAAGAGAGCCCCUCUCAAGUCACCACCUAUGAUCUGCUGUCCGUCAUUUGCCACCAUGGCACGGCAGGAAGCGGGCAUUAUAUAGCUUACUGUCAGAACGUGAUUAAUGGCCAGUGGUAUGAGUUUGAUGAUCAGUACGUGACAGAGGUCCAUGAGACGGUGGUUCAAAAUGCAGAGGCUUAUGUGCUGUUUUAUAGGAAAAGUAGUGAGGAGUCUGUGCGAGAGAGGCAGAAGGUGGUGGCUCUGGCCAACAUGAAGGAGCCCAGCCUGCUGCAGUUUUACAUCUCCCGAGAAUGGCUGAAUAAGUUCAACACCUUUGCUGAGCCAGGCCCCAUCAGCAAUCACACUUUUCUUUGUCAGCACGGAGGCAUCCCGCCUAAUAAGUACCAGUACAUUGAUGAUCUGGUUGUGAUAGUUCCCCAGAAUGUGUGGGAAUACCUUUACAACAGUUUUGGAGGUGGCCCCGCAGUCAACCACCUGUACAUGUGCGCCAUCUGUCAGGUGGAGAUCGAAGCUCUGGGUAAACGCAGGAAAACGGAAAUAGACACCUUCAUUAAGUUGAACAAAGAGUUUCAGGCUGAGGAGGCUCCAUCAGUGAUUCUAUGUAUCAGCAUGCAGUGGUUCAGAGAGUGGGAGAGCUUUGUGAAGGGCAAAGACAACGAGCCACCUGGUCCCAUUGACAAUAGCAAAAUUGGUGUUAUGAAAGGAGGACAUAUACAGCUGAAGCAAGGUGCAGACUAUGGGCAGAUCUCAGAGGAGACAUGGCAGUAUUUGUUGGGCAUAUAUGGUGGGGGUCCUGAGAUCGCAGUGAGACAAACGGUGGCUCCAGCCGACCCCGACAGCCUUCACGGAGAGAGGAAGAUCGAAGCAGAGACGAGAGCACUUUGAGAUUAACAGAGGUCUGAUGAUACAUUUCCACUUCUGCCUUCACAUGAAGCUGAGGAAUUUGCACGUCGGCGAAGAGGCAUUUUGAGCACUUUUGUAAAUGUAGCAACGUCUUAUUUUGAAGCUGCAACAAGUCCAAACGGAAGCUAAAUAUCAGUUUAUUCAUCGGAUAGCUCUGAAGCCCGGUGUUUGUGUCACGUCUCUGCAGCUGUUUUCGGUAGCUGUAGGUGUCUCAGUGGCUGCUGUAGUGACUAGACGUUGUGUGCUGCUUCCAAACUGGCCGUGGCGGGCGAACAGCACCCGGUGUCACAAACCAGAACGGCGCAGCGACUGUUGCUACGAGCUGAAUUGUAGUGCGAGGACUGCUCUUUUUACGCUAGAAGCAAUUAAGAGAAAUUUCCAAGCUUUCCAUUGUUUAUCUGUUUACUAGUCACAUAGCAACACGCCGCCAGAAGCCAGCGAUCUCGCGCCAGAUGAAUGAAACUCCUGCACCUUCAACCUCAACGUGCGCUGAGCCCUCAGGAAUGGAAACAUUUUUCUGUUUGUUUGUUUUGGCCAUGGAAAUGACCAAAGCAAGUAUGUUUAUAACUGCAAAACAUGCAUGUGUGGGUUAUGCACAAUCAUUGCUGGGCUCAAACUGCAUGCAGCUGUGAGUUUUUGCUGACCGGCUGAGAGGCUCUGCUGUUUUGCUUAAAUGAUGCGUUUACAUGCUUGGAAAAACUCAUGGAGGACCUUGCUUUUGUAUAGUCUAUGUGAUCGCUAUUGGGAAAACAGGCAUAGGGGGGCAUGUAUAGACGUGAAUGUGAGCAUUUGCCUAUCCAGGCGUAAAGAUAAGCCAGAAGGAUGAGAAUACAUACAGUAUCUGAAGUAAUGAGAAACGAGAAACUCUUGUGCAGUAGGUUUGUGAUUUAACAGGAAGAUCAAACUUUAUCAGUUGCUGCUUGAGAUGCAUUCAGUUAAAAAUAAUCGUACUUUAUUAAGCAAAACAGGAUAUAGAGAAAAAAAUGUGUUUUGGAUAAAAAGGGUAAUUUCUGUUACACUUUUGAUGAACGUGUAAUUUCUUACCUAUGAUUUCUUAUGCUUGGUUAACAGCGGUUUAAAGAAUCCAUAUGUAUCACGGUACGUUGUUUUCUCUCUGAGAAUAUUUGCGCUUCUAUAUAUUUAAAGUUUAUAGUUUAUACAUGUUUUGUACAGGUUUAUAAUGUAUUAGGCAUCUUGUCACCAGUUUAGCCAUAAAACCUACAAAAUUAAUCGAAACUGUCCACAUGGUAGGAAACACAAAUUUAUAAAAACAAUUCCCCCAAAAUUAGGGGGAUCAUGAAGCCACAGUUACUGAAUCCUAUAUAACGUUUGUAAUUUAAGAUUUAUUUAUACCCUUUUGUCAGCAGUCGCCACAACUAACUGUUCCCAACGUUUCUCUCUCUUUCAAUCUCUUGAAGAUAUUUCUUGCCAAGACACACCAUUAGAGUCAUAGUUACGGCUUCUUCACCAAAUACUUAUGUUUGCAAUGAUGUUGUCUUAUUCUUAAACAUUUUGUCAGUGAUUCAUUUUGGUAAAUCCAAAACCAUGAAAGCGGAACUGGUCAAGCCACAUUCACCAGGGAACACGUUCAUGUGGCUUAAACGAGUGGGGGGGGGCAGGGGAUUUUUGCAGUCGAGAACCAUGCAGGGCCUCUCCACUCAGUGCUUCUCCACUCAGUGUCAAUUUCAGAAAAGUUGUUCACUUAAGUAAUGCAAUAUUUAUUGCAAUUUUCAAGAGAAACAUAACAUUUAGGACUAAAGGACCUAAGGAACGAGAUCGUUUUAUUUUCAGGAACUAUCAGUCAUUGACUUUUGUUGCUUUAUUGGCACGUAUAUUUAAAAUUUUUUUUGGUGUGAUGUAUGAAUUGUGAACAAUGAUCCACCAGCUUAGAAACCUAACCCUUCUGGCUACUCUUAGUUGCUCAAGUCUUCAAGUUAAUGAUGUUGCAAAACAAAUAAGGGCUUUCCCCCACUUACAACAGCUAGGAUUACCACGCUAUGCUAAUUUCUUUAGGUUAAAAUGUCAUUACAGUUAGCUUAGCAUCCUGUUAGCUAUUAGCUUGUGCUGCUUUACAAAACUAAUUAUUACAAAUUCUAAAGCUUAGUGUAUAUAUUUUCCAAAACUAACUAAAUAAGAAAGGAAUAUGCAUUUUAGAUUCAUAUGCUACGCUAAACUAGUGGCAUGCUAGCAUUCCAAAAUCUUGGCUUUAGCUUAAAAAUGGUGGCUUAUUUUAGGUUGCAAUCUUCAAUAUCAAAAUUUUGGCCUCCUGAAGUACAGUUGCCCUGUUAGACAUCUCAUAAUUACUCUGUCAGCUUUAGAAGUUUUAUUAUGACACAACUUCCCCUUGACAACACCUCAAACUAGGUAAUAAAAUAUAAGCAUUAUAGUAACAUGAUGUAUUAAUACCAAAUUAAUCUAAAUUAACUUGUGGAUACAAUAUUUUCCAUAUAUACCACGUAGAUGUAGGCUACAUGUAUGUGAACAGCACAGAUGUAACUCCAACUAUGGGUUAAAAAUGGCAAAUGAUAGAAUAAGGAAAAUUAGAUUCUUCACUUUUCACUGACUUCCUGCGUAUUUUUUGUGAUUGCUGCCCAUUGUUCCAAAGGAACAAAAAAGCUUCUAAAUAAUGUUUUCUCUAUUUGAACUGGCAAGUUUCACUUUGUUGGUUCCCACUUUCAAUAGGCCUUCCCACUGAAAAAGUAUUUACACUUCUGUUCUCUGGCCACGGAUGUUUACCGUGGGCAGCAACCUGAAAUGUCUUCAAAAAAGAGAGUUUGGGACCAUGACAAAAAAGUAAACACCAUUUAUAGAAAUGGUUUUCAUCACACCAGUAGCAUAUAUACAAAUUCUAACUUUACCAUGUGAGCUUUAGUUCACAGUUACCCAUGUCUGUUUUGUAUUGAAGUUAGUAAUUACGUAGUCCUCAAAAAAAAAAAAAAAAAGAUCACUAGUGUUGUCUAUUUUGUUUAUUGUACAAGUUUCUCUUUUCAUACAGUUCCAGAAUUUAUGUGCAGGAGACGGUUAUAUUGUGGCAAUAUCUUUUCUAUAGGCGUGGGGAAGAACGUGCAAUCAAACAAAAGACAAAAAAACGACUGUGCAAUCUUAACUGUAUCAUAGAGAUGCUAGACGAGUAAAAAAAACAGCAGUAACUUGAACCGUUGACAGUUCAAACAGGCUGUGUAACCUGUCGAAAUGCAGUGUUUGAGAAUCUUUAGUAAUUAUUUCAUUAACCCCACCCUGUAAGUGCUCAUGUUACAGCACGUAUAUGCGUGUGAGACUUCAUUCCAAUGAAAAAUACAAGCAUUUCUGUGGCUGGAAAGUAUUCACAGGUGUCACGGCACACAACAGGAUUUCACAGGGUCGUGUUUUCUCAGUAUUUAACCGUGUGUGGCUCUUGUGGUCAUGGAUUUGGUGAUUCUUCAUGCUGUGGGCAACCACAGUCCAGAGGGAUGCCUUAAUGUCUGUAUAACUGGUGUAAUUAUUCUGACUGGUUUACUGAUUAAAAUUUCCAGCGUUUGGA